AAGUAUCUCAUCUCAUAUUUUCCAUCAAGCUCAAUUCUUUCAUCCCUUGUUUUCCUUCAAGCCAAACAAAAUCUAAUCUUUUUGAAAAAAUGGCACCAAAAGCUGAAAAAAAGCCAGCCGAGAAGAAGCCUGCCGAGGAGAAGAAAGCCGUAGCUGAGAAAGCCCCGGCAGAGAAGAAGCCUAAGGCUGGUAAAAAGCUUCCCAAGGAAGGCGGAGCGGCUGCCGGAGACAAGAAGAAGAAGAGAGUUAAGAAGAGCGUCGAGACCUACAAGAUCUACAUCUUCAAGGUCCUGAAGCAAGUUCACCCUGACAUCGGGAUCUCUAGCAAAGCUAUGGGGAUCAUGAACAGUUUCAUCAACGAUAUCUUCGAGAAGCUUGCUCAGGAAGCCUCUAGGCUCGCGAGGUACAACAAGAAACCCACCAUCACUUCCAGGGAAAUCCAGACCGCUGUUAGGCUUGUACUUCCCGGUGAGCUUGCCAAGCACGCCGUUUCUGAAGGUACCAAGGCCGUGACCAAGUUUACUUCAUCUUGAAAAGGCUAUUAGUUGAUCUGUAGUUGGGGUUAGGGUUAGGAGGUUGCUUUUUAAAUUAGAUCGGUGUGGUUUUUAUGGUUAUUUUUCUGAAAUUUCUGCAUAUUUAUUUUGAUAUAUGGUUUGUAUUGGCGAGAUGGAUCUACUCGAUCCUGAUAUGACUAUUGUAGAAAUUAAUGCUAUUAACGACAACUUAAUUUCUUGGA